UCAUUUGUUCUUCAAGUGGCUGUUUACAAACGUAGGCAAUCGUUCCGGAAAGUUAGUUGUCGCGAAUAAAAAGGGCUUUUACAUUAUUAAACCAUGUCGCACGGUCAUUCGCAUGGUGGUGGUUGCGGCCACGAAGCGUUGGGCAUUGAAAACGAGCUAGAGAUAGGUAUACAUUACAGCUUGUACGAGAAAAUUGACAUGCACAAUGUGGAAUGCCUGAACGAAGAGCUGGAAGGAUCCGGGAAAACCGUAUUCAAACCGUACAAUGAACGCUUGAGUCACGACAAGUUCGUCAAGAGCGAUGCCGACGAGGAGCUGCUGUUUAACAUACCUUUCACCGGCAACGUGAAAUUGAAAGGCAUCAUCAUCAUAGGGGCGGACGAUGAAACACAUCCAAAGAAAAUGCGUCUGUUUAAAAAUCGCCCAAAGAUGACAUUCGAUGAUACAUCUGUAAAAGCCGAUCAAGAAUUCGCAUUAGAGAGGGAUGCGAAUGGCGUGAUUGAAUACUCCACAAAAGUGGUAACAUUUGCCAACGUACAUCACCUUUCACUGCAUAUUCCUAGCAAUUACGGGGGCGAUAAUACGACCGUGUAUUAUAUAGGAUUGAAAGGUGAAUUUAGUGAAGCACAUCAUCAUGGUGUGACUAUUUGCACUUACGAGGCACGUCCCAACGUGUCGGACCAUAAAAAUAAUGUGUUUGAUUCGGUGAAUCAUCGUGUGCAGUAAUGUGUGAUUUGGCUUAGAAUGAUGAAGCAGUUGUGAAAUACAUUGAAUUGCAACUGCAGGAGUUAUGUUUGUUACUUGAUACAUGUUAGCAAUAGCAUCUGAACCGACGAAAUCAUCUAAAAUAGUUUUGAUGAAAUAGAUGAACAAGUUUAAAUUCUAAUUACAAAAUCAAGUAUAAAAUGACAGCAUUGAAGACUGUACAGCAUAAAUAAAAUUUGCAAAAAUAUGGAUUCGGUUCCCUAUUUACAUUACUGUGCAAAAUGUAAGAACGUGUAAUACAGGUUAGUUGUACCUUGUUUUAUAGGUUGCAAUAUUGCCUAGAUUGUUCCAUCUGAUUAAUUAAGUAUCCGGACUCAAAUGUAAUAUCAUAUUUAAUUAAAGUCAUAUUAUGAGCAUCAUUUACUCACACUCAUAACUACACUUAUUAUAACGUUGUUUUGUCAGUCAACUUCUAAGUAAUUUCUCUAGAGAUUUAUAAACCAUACCAAUCAUGUUUUCAUAAAUGUUUAUUGAUUUCUUGUUUCCAAUGUCUUAAAAACCGUACGAAGUAACUAAACUUUAUCAAAAUAUGUGUGAUAAUUUUCUUCAGGUUUGUGUAAACAACUGCACAUAUCAUGUAUAGAUGCGUUCUAAUGAUAAUUGAUACUGCAUAACAUAGCUUUUGAUAUGUUUCGAUAUAAGAAUAAAAAAAAGCAUAAUUAGAGCAAUUACAUGAAUGAUAGUGGGAUCUGAUGGAUCACAACAAAGGAAAACAAAAAAAAAACUUUAAUAGGAGAACCGUAGCCGAGCGAGUUCGUUUCGAGCAAGAAAUAUUCAAAUUAUACAAGAAAUAAAUAGCAUAAAUAGACGAAGAUGUUGUUGUGGCCGAAGAUGAA